GCUGCUGUGAAGCACAAUUUUCUUCAGGGGAGGAGGAGGAAAGGAGACGACGCCACGUUUAAGCCAACAAUUUCUCGUCAGACCGCAAUAGAGAGCACAGCGAUAGAAGCCAUGGGCAGCAACGGUCGAGAGCACAGGCGUGGCGUCCCACGCCCGCCGCCAUUAUCACUUUACAGGGACUGGGAGGAAGAGGAGGUCGUCAAGGCCAGCAGGCCCACGCUGUCGUCGCCGGUCCAGCCGACAUCGACCGCGGCGGCGGCCGGCAACACCAACAAGAAGAAGCUGACCAAGCAGCUGUCCAUGAAGGAGACCACCCGGGAGGUCAAGUGGGAGAAGCGGCGGCGGCAGAUACAACGGCAGAGGAGCAGCAUGGGCCUGCACGAAGCCGACGAUAACACGGCCGCCGGUGGCGGAGGUGCCUGUCCCGGCGACGGCGAGGCAAGCUCGAGCACGGAGCGGGUGGCCAAGCGUCUGACGGACGAGGACCUCGACGAGCUGAAGGGGUCCAUGGAUCUCGGCUUCAGGUUCGACGAGCAGAAGGGCGGCCAGGACCUCUGCGACACUCUCCCCGCCCUCGAUCUCUACUUCGCCGUCAACCGGCAGCUCUCCGAGCCCAAGAUGCGGUGGUCUACCAGCUCGGCGCCGUCUCUAUCGGCGACCAAGUCGUCACCCAACCUGUGCGGCACGCCAUGCCCGGGUAGCCCUUGCGCGCACUCUAACCCCAUGGACUCGUGGAAGAUUUGCAGUCCAGGUGACAACCCUCAGCUUGUGAAGACAAGACUUAGGCACUGGGCUCAAGUAGUGGCUUGUUCAGUGAAGCACUCCAGCUGAUCGUCACAGUGCCCUAGCUAUGCACUCUUCUUCGAUACCUACUUGUACAAGUGAUUGCCGCGUUAGAUCGAUGGCGAUGGAGAGAAGUCGUGACCGAGUGAUACCUACAUUACAGAGUGUGACCAGCCGGUUCCUCUGAUGCCCAUGGUAAAAUUGUUGUGUAUAGAUUUAGCAUACGCGUGUUGGCAAAAAUAUACAUAUUCAAUGAUCCGUCCCUGACUGCAAGGACAG